CACGCGCUAGUCUGUGGUUUAGCUUUACUUGCAGCUGUUAGUGGAUUGUGGCAGGAAUAGAUUUUAUGUUGUGAUUCGUGUGAACGUAAUUAUCUAAUAUUAAAGAUCUUCUAAUCCCGAUCGUGUUAAAUUGAAAUGUUAAAAACAUUCAACAAUACGAAUGUGUAUGGAAAUGAAUUUACAAACUUUAUUUCAGGAUUUUAAUCCGAGCAAAUUCGUGGUUCACAGUUGUUUGCUAAUAUUUACAGCUUUAAUAGCUUUGAAGUUAGAUAACUCGAUAUCAUGGUCAUACUGGGCAGUUUUUACGCCAAUAUGGGUGUGGAAAUUCCUGGUAGUGCUUGGUGCCACAGUAGGCACAUAUGUCUGGUGGCAGUACCCUCAUUUCAGGUUGGAAGGUGAAGCAUACAUCCACUACAAAGCUAUGCUGAUAAGUCUUGCCAUUCACCUAAUCCUGCUAAUGUUUGAGUUGUUGGUCUGUGACCAGUUGACCACCAGUCGCCAUGUGUGGAUACUGGUCUUUAUACCACUCAUUUUCAUUAGCAUAGUGUCCAUUGCCAUCUGUAUAUGGUCUGUGAAGCAUGAUCGCAGCUAUGAGUUGGAAUUAUUUUGUUCCGUGAAUAUACUCCAAUUUAUAUUCCUGGCACUAAGGCUGGAUGAGUUCAUCACUUGGUCCUGGGAAGUAGUGUUUGUACCUCUAUGGAUACUGAUGUGCCUCAGUCUAGUAGGUGAGUGGGUCCUAUACAGCAUAAUCUUUGCCGGGAUCCUGCUACGAACUCCGGAGGUCAACGUACAACAGCGACGCACAAGCUUCAACUCAGCCCUAGCUUAUACAUUCACGGUUAUACCGACAUUGGUGUUUCAGGUGCUAUUAACGAACAAAUUAGACGAUGGCCUCCCCCUGUCAUACACUGUGGUCGUCAGUCCGCUGUUUGUCAGCUACGCCACGCUCAUCAUUAUGUCGUUCAGCUCAAAAGGUGGAAAUAAAUGGUGGUUUGGCAUCAGGAAAGACUUCUGUCAAUUCCUGCUAUCAGUGUUCCCUCUGUUACAAGAAUACGCCAACAUCGCUUACAACAACAACGUGAAUAGGGGAUCAAAUAUCGUACCAAGCGAUCCACCCGCGCAGGAGCCAUACAGGGACGAAGACACACACAAGAAAAUCAAAGAAAGCAAAAAGUCACAGAAAAAUCAAAAGAAGAACGAGACUUUAAAACCAGUUGUGCCUAUUACAUCUAUAGACAUGCCAGAUUGAUGUAUAACUAGCUGUGUAAGUCA